AUGGAUGAACAUCGUAUUCCUUUGGAAGAAUUAUGUGCUGCUUAUGAAACUGAUAUUGAAAGGGGUUUAACAAGUGCUCAGGCAGAGAAGGUCUUGGCUCGUGAUGGGUUAAAUGCACUUUCUCCACCACGUACAACACCUGAAUGGGUGAAAUUCUGCAAGAAUUUGUUUGGAGGUUUUGCUCUUCUGUUGUGGGUUGGCGCUCUUCUUUGCUAUGUUGCCCACACUGUUGAUGCUAUGACUCUUGAACAUCCAUCGAAAGACAAUCUUUAUUUGGGAAUUGUGUUGAUGACUGUGGUUAUUAUUACUGGAUGUUUUCAAUACUUUCAAGAGCGGAAAAGUUCGCAGAUUAUGGAAUCGUUCAAAAAUCUUGUGCCAACUUUUGCUUUGAUAAUUCGUGAUGGAGAGAAACGACAGAUUCCAAGCGCUAAUUUGGUUGUAGGCGAUAUUGUUGAAGUCAAAGGCGGUGAUCGCAUACCUGCUGAUAUUCGAAUUAUUAGAGCUCAUGGUUUUAAGUCCGAGCCACAAACUCGUACAAACGAACAAUCUGAGGAUGAACCGCUGGAAGCUCGUAAUUUGGCUUUCUUUUCGACUAAUGCCGUUGAAGGAACUGCUACCGGGGUUGUUGUGAACACUGGAGAUAGAACGGUCAUGGGACGUAUUGCUCAUUUGGCAUCCGAUUUAGAUUCUGGAAAGACGCCAAUUGCUCGAGAAAUUGAACAUUUUAUUCAUAUUAUUACAGCUGUCGCUGUCUUCUUGGGCGUUACAUUCUUCAUUAUAGCUUUCAUUCUUGGCUUGAUUGCAACCGUCACUGUUUGCUUGACUUUGACUGCUAAACGUAUGGCACAACGCAAUUGUCUUGUUAAGAAUUUGGAGGCAGUAGAGACACUUGGAUCUACUUCAACCAUUUGCUCUGACAAAACUGGUACAUUGACACAAAACAGGCAAGUUUUGAAUUUUAUGAGUUUAAUGACUGUCGCUCACAUUUGGCAAAAUUUAAAUAUUGAAACCGUCAACACCUCGGAAGAUGCCGCUGCUGAUGAUAAUGUGGAUAAACAGAAAAAUGCAUCAGAAUUACUUCGGGUUGCUGCUCUUUGCAACAGAGCUGAAUUUAAACCUGGACAGGAUGACGUUCCAAUUCUGAAACGUGAUUGCACGGGUGAUGCUUCAGAAAUUGCUUUACUAAAAUUUGCUGAACGCUCUUUAUAUGGUGGUGUCAUUCAGUAUCGUGCUGGUCAUCCUAAAAUUGCUGAAAUUCCAUUCAAUUCAACAAACAAAUAUCAAGUCUUUUUUAUUUUUAAGCUCAUUUUAGUUCAAAUUUUUAAACAGGUUUCUAUUCAUGCGUACGAAAAUGAUUCCAAUUUGUUGGUUAUGAAAGGAGCGCCUGAAAGAGUUUUGGCUCGUUGCGAUAAAAUUCUAAUCGAUGGACAAAUCCGUCAACUCGAUGAUAAAUUAAAAGAAACAUUUGAAAUUGCUUAUAUGGAAUUGGGAGGGAUGGGCGAAAGAGUUCUUGGUUUUUGUGAUUCUGUUCUAGAUAAAGAGAAAUAUCCAAAGGACUUUAAAUUUGAUACUGAUAAUCCAAACUUUCCCAUUGAUGGUCUCUGCUUCCUAGGGCUUAUUUCAAUGAUUGAUCCUCCUCGAGCGGCUGUUGUUAUGGUUACUGGUGAUCAUCCAAUUACUGCAAAAGCGAUAGCCAAAUCUGUUGGAAUUAUUUCCCCAGAAACUGAGACUGUUGAGGAUAUUGCCAUCCGUAAAGGAAUCCCAGUUACACAAGUUAAUCCUAGAGAGGCAAAAGCUAUUGUUGUUCAUGGAUCUGAUUUGAGAGAAAUGACUGAGGAUCAGCUUAACGAGAUUAUUGCUGAACAUUCUGAAAUUGUGUUUGCUCGAACAUCGCCUCAACAAAAGUUGAUGAUUGUUGAAGGAUUCCAACGUAGCGGGCAGAUUGUUGCAGUUACUGGGGAUGGUGUUAAUGACUCUCCUGCAUUGAAAAAAGCAGAUAUUGGUGUUGCUAUGGGCAUUGCUGGCUCUGAUGUUUCAAAACAAGCGGCGGACAUGAUUCUGUUGGACGAUAAUUUUGCUGUACCAGCAAUUAGCUUGGCUUAUGAAGAGUCAGAGUCUGACAUAAUGAAGCGUCAACCUCGCGAUCCUUUCCGAGACAAACUUGUUAAUGAACGUUUAAUUUCUUUAGCUUAUGGUCAAAUUGGAAUGAUCCAGGCAUCUGCUGGAUUCUUUUCUUACUUUUGGAUUAUGGCUGACAAUGGAUUUAUGCCUCUUGAUUUGUUCCAACUCCGCGCUGAAUGGGAUUCGCGUGCAAUAAAUAAUGUUUUGGAUAGCUAUGGACAAGAAUGGACCUAUGCAAACCGAAAAAUUUUGGAACAUACAUGUCAAACUGCCUAUUUUGUCUCCAUCGUUAUUGUCCAAUGGGCUGAUCUUAUAAUUUCUAAAACCCGCCGAAAUUCAAUUGUUCAGCAGGGAAUGUCUAAUUGGAUUUUGAAUUUUGGAUUAGUUUUUGAGACUGUACUUGCUGCUCUUCUCUGCUACCUUCCUGGAACAGAUCAGGGCCUUCGCAUGUAUGGACUUAGAUUUACUUGGUGGUUCCCGGCAAUCCCCUUUUCGAUACUCAUUUUUGUUUACGAUGAAUUUCGCCGUUAUUUGAUUCGUCGUUAUCCAAAAGGAUGGGUUGAGCGUGAAACUUAUUAUUGA